AAUGAGAAUGACACAGAGAGAAGGUAUGAGUGGAUGGUGCUAAAGCCAGGGCCCCUCUCGCUGGCUUUUAACGGAGAGAGAGCUUGCUAGCCGGCUAGGUUUAUUUUCAGCACAUUUUCAGUGACUUGCGCGUUGGUCCUUAAACUUUAAAUAGCUGGGCUAUACGCUCCCAUGUGGUUCAGUGGCUAUGGUUAAACAUAGCUAGCUGUGGAGAUGACAUAUAUGUAUGUUUUUGUUCUAUGUGUGCUAAUGACAUAUCUACUGGCUAUAUUUAAAUGUACAGAGGAUAUUUAAAUGAUCUACAACAGAAGUGAUCAGGUUUCCACCAAAAUGGUCUUAGCAAAGUUCUAUCUGAAGCCCUCUUGACUGUGUUGAACUAUUCUGUGUCUAUGUUCUGAAGAUUACUGAAAGAAGAGAGGUUGAGCAGAAAAGCAGAAGCUACAGCUAAUUUGGUAAAGAGUGGGUUAAUGACCAUUAGCCUUACUGUCCCUCCCACUCCAUUGCCUCUCUCUGGCACACGCACUUCACUUCUUACACUCCUUUUACUGGCUUUGACACACAAGCACAGGCACACAGUCAGGUGUGGAUAAGGCGAUCGAAAUACUUUUGAGGAAUACACACCCAAAACACUACGCGUUAUUGGCGGACCUGGAGUCCUCCACCGCUCAUAUCUCCAAGUGUCCAGUGUUCCUGCCAGAGGAGACGCCCUACUCUCUCCCCAGCGGCGGCAGCCUUCUCCAAGAUGACUCUGCUCCUCCUCCCCUACCUCCUCCUCCCUCUUCUGAGGCUCUGAACGGAUCACUCCAAAACCGACCAGAUUCUCACCACUCCUCACUGCAGUCUCUUGGUUCAGCCCAAAAAAGUACAUUGUCUCGGGAUAGCAGUAGCCCUCCGCUAUCUCACACUGAAGAGGACCACGUCUACAGUUUCCCCAACAAGCAGAAGCCAUCAGACUCCUCUGCAGCAUCCAUGAGCUCUGCACUGGGCAGCAACCUGUCUGAGCUGGACCGCCUGCUAUUGGAACUCAAUGCUGUCCAGCAGAAUACACCUUCCUUCCCCACCACGGAGGAUGCUGCCCCUCCCCUUCCUCCCUGCAGUUCUGCACACUAUAUCCAGGAAAAUGGAGCUCACCCAGGCAUUACACUGACUCCUGCUGCCAAGGAAAAGCCUCAGAGAAAUGGAAAGAAAGUGCCAGAAGAGGGUCGCCCUACAGUGGAAAGCUUACUGAAUGAACUGGAAAGCUCCAUACCUACUCCAACGCCUACCCCCUCUUGCCUCCAGGCAGAGGGGCGCUUGGACGCACCAUCUGAGCAGCAGGGUCGAAUGUCGGCCACCUCAGCCACACGAGAGCUGGAUGAGCUCAUGGCCUGCCUGUCUGAUUUCAAGGUGCAGAGCAAUCCGAGUUCUCUGGGCUCACUGAAUUCUGAGCCUCUGUUUGAUCAGUCUACCAACUUCUCUACUGUUGCGGAAAUUCAUUUUCCUCCUGCCACAGUAGCCCCUGUUGCAGUUUCCCUGACCCCCAAUCUCCCUACUAAACCAGCUAGCUACUACCCACUGCCCUCCGCUCCAGCGGCCUUAGAGCUACACAUAGUGGAAGAUUCUAAUGAAACAGGACCUACGAUACCAUCCAGUGACCCAAAAUCUACCCCAUCAUCCCUUCUAUCUGCCCCUUCCGUUUUUGCCCAUCCCAGCCUUCGGUACACCCCUGUGGCAAAACCAGACCCUGACUCUGUUAUUGAUGUUUCUGCCUCCAUGCUGAGCACUGAGCUGGACUCACUUGUUGUUCUGUCCCAGACCAUCACCACCACUACUAAUGUGUCUGUAGUCAGUCCUGGCAAUCUAGAGCUUAGCCCUAAUAAGCCUAAGAGUCCCUCUCUCAAUGCAGGGAUUAAGCCAGCUUCUCCUAUUGCUUCUGUGCCUAUUGCUAAAUCUCCCAGUCCAACAAGUGUACCUGCCACUACGAAGAGCCCAAACAGAGAGAGUCCUCUGAUUGCUCAAACUUCAAAUGGUCUCUUUCAUGUACCCAGUCCUGAGCUCAAACCUGCUCCUCCAUCUCCCAUCACUGGACCCAUCAUACAGUCUCCAUCACCUCCUAAACCUGGCUCUCCUCAACAUACUACACCUCUGAAAAGCCUCUCUCCCCUCUCAGAGCCCAAGACGUCCAGCCCCAAACCACCAGCAGAGACGCCUGAGUUGAUCUCUGUUACACCACGACCCCCUGCUCCGACAGGGCUUGAGUCUCCAGCUCAGGAACCAUCUCUGGAUGAUGCUUUGGACAAUCUCCUGGCCAUGAGCUUCAGCAAGCCCGGAUCCGAGGUUCCUCUAGUGGCUCCCAAACUGAUCCCAGCAGCACGACCAGAGGUUUUUGAGGAGCCUCUUAUGGCAGCAGAUCGCAGAGUGAUGCAGCCAGACACGCACACGGAAAGUGAGAUUGGAGACGGGCUUCUUGAGGAUCAGUCAGAUUGCAGGAGUGAUCUGCUUGACUGGGCUGACAUGGAGCUGAAGCUGCCCUAUGACGGAGCAGAUGGUUCCAUGACCCCCAUGACAGAGGCCAGCUGGAUGGAUGACUCUCUUACCCCCUCCUCCUGCCCUGGAACCCCUGAUGCCCAGAUAGAUCUGCCCACGCUACAGCCUACGAGCCCUAUGGACCGGAUUUCAGCUUCUGGACAUAUCAAGUCUGUGAUUAGACGCACCAAGGAAACCCCCAACGUCCACCCCAUGUACCGGGACGGCUUUAUUCGCAGGAAGAUGGGUCCAAUCAUCUUCCAUAAGAGCAGCUCCCAGGACCGCCUCAUCGAGGAGCUGCAAGGAAAGCUGGGAAUCGCUCGCAAGGAGCGUCCCAAAAAACAGCCUGAUGACUGGCUAACCGAGGGGGUCAUUGUCAUGUCAAACCCCAAACGCUCUCGAGAAGACCACAACAGGGAGGUUGACAAGAUUAUUAUUCCCCCUGAGUCUCCUCUCCCUCAGAGGAAGGUGAUCCCUCCUCCUCAGUCUCCCUCAGUCCCUCGCCCCCCGCCCCCUGCUGAGGAGCCAAAGCGUGCCCCUCCGGUAAAAGCAGCUCCGCUUCCACCUCCCCCUCCUCCAGCCCCCUCUCCACCACCCAGGGAGCCCACACCUCCUCCCCAGCCCCCUGUAGAACCUCAGCUUCCUCCGGCUCCAGUCAAGCCCCCAACGCCCGAGCCUGUACAGCUUCCCCCACCAGCCCCUAAGCCUAUGCCCGCUCCCACACCACCACCUGUUCAGCCUCCUCCACCUGCCCCUGUUGCCCCCCCAUCUCCCCCCAGAGUGCUGGUGUCAGUGGGCUGCCAGACGGAAUACGACCCCCUCUUCCCUCCGAUGCAGAUCAUGGCCCAGGGUAAGGGUCCACAGACUCAGGUUAAUAAACUGGACAACAUGCUGGGCAGCCUGCAGUCUGACCUGCACAAGCUGGGGGUACAGACUGUGGCCAAGGGAGUGUGUGGGGCUUGCUGCAAACCGAUUGUUGGCCAGGUGGUAACAGCCAUGGGCCGCACAUGGCACCCAGAGCAUUUUGUAUGCACACACUGCCAGGAUGAGAUUGGUUCUAGAAACUUCUUUGAGCGGGACGGCCAGCCUUACUGUGAGAGGGACUACCAUCAGCUCUUCUCUCCUCGCUGCUUCUACUGCAAUGGCCCCAUUCUGGAUAAAGUAGUGACGGCCCUGGAUAGGACAUGGCAUCCUGAACAUUUCUUCUGUGCUCAGUGUGGUGCCUUCUUUGGUCCUGAGGGUUUUCAUGAGAAAGAUGGGAAGGCAUACUGUCGUAAAGAUUACUUUGAUCUGUUCGCUCCCAAGUGUGGGGGCUGUGCCCGCGCCAUUCUGGAGAAUUACAUCUCUGCCCUGAACAGCCUCUGGCAUCCUGAGUGCUUUGUCUGCAGGGAGUGUUUCACGCCCUUCGUGAAUGGCAGUUUCUUUGAGCAUGAUGACCAGCCGUACUGCGAGGUGCACUACCACGAGAGGCGCGGCUCGCUCUGCUCCGGCUGCCAGAAGCCCAUCACAGGCCGCUGCAUCACAGCCAUGGGCAAGAAGUUCCACCCUGAGCAUUUUGUCUGUGCCUUCUGCCUCAAGCAGCUCAACAAGGGCACCUUCAAGGAGCAGAACGACAAGCCGUACUGCCACGGUUGCUUUGUCAAACUCUUCAGUUAGACUGAUUUGAGAGAGUGUGUGUGGGUGCCAGUCUGUCUGUCUGUCUGUCUCUGUCUGUCUGAAUAGUGGAUAAGCAGCAAAAGUUGAGGCGUUUUGUUGGGUAGCACUCAAGUGCAUCACCAAGGUUGUGUGCAUGUUGUGGGUGCGCGCGUGUGCAUGUUGUGCGCGCGUGUGCAUGGUGUGCGUGCGUGCGUGUGUGCGUGUGUGUGUACAUGUGUGACUAUGGUUAUCCUCUGAGGGACAUAGUUGGUCAAAGAAUUGCAAAAGCCUUAUGUGUUAGAGGGGGAAGAGUUUAGCUAAUACAGAGACUUUGGUAUUAGCUUUUAUGGUAAUUGCAUGGAGAAGAAAGAUUUUCUGCUCACUGGUUGAGUUUGAAACCGUUUUAAGAAUGUGGCAUGUAGAUCAGUAUGAAUCAGUUGACCUGCGAAAGUCUUUUAACUAUGAAACAUUGCUCUGUGGAGUGAAAUAGAUCGCUAAGAAAGUGCCACAGUGGCAAAAUGUGAUGACUGUUUGCAACGAUCGGAUGGUGAAUUGAUAGUUGCAACAGCAGAAAUGGAAACGAUUUAUAUUACAGUGCUCAGUGCCUUGUUUUCUAUCAGAAAUUAUCAUAAUACAAGAAAUAUACCAAAAAAAUAAUACUUUAGCAUAACAGAUUAUGUACAUUUCUAUGGAGACUGAUGUUCUGUGUUUGCCAACGAUUACCAGCUCAUUUCAAAACACCAUGUCCUCCAUGCGGUGAGCAGAAGUGUGGUAAUACAAGCCUUAUGGCCAAUAGUGACUUUCAUAUUGUGACCGAUGUUGGAUUUGACUCAAAACUCCUGUAAGCAUGGAGUUAUUCUACUGUUUAUCAGAGAGAAAUGGAGGCUGUUGAUCUUCAUAUUCAGGGGUGCAUAUGCAUUAUUGAGCUAUUGACCUUAACAUGUUUGGCUAUGGUGAAAUCGCCGAAUAACAUCUCAGCAGAAUGCUACAUUUUACUGUAUUCAGGUGACAUGGCCAUGUUGUUCUUAACAUUUCAAUAACCACUGAUUCUUUUUGAUGUCCUCAAUCGAAUUGUAGAUGUACCAUUUUUCUAAAACAGCUGUGACAAUGUGCAAUUUUUAGCCCUUCCACACAGCAUAUGAUUGGUUUAAAUAUAAGAAUCUAAUCUUUUCCUCAGAGACAACUCUAGGCAAAAUAUUGUUAACUGCUGUAUUGUUUUUAAUGAUAUUGAAUUGUAUUUUUCUCCUUUUUCUUUUUUUGCAUGAAAGUCUUAAGUUUCACUGCAACAUUUUAAAGAACAAGUCAUGAGGGGUGAGAAGGUGAAAAAUGUUUUCGCAGUGUAACCCCACUUUAAAAUCCCCCAUCAGUUUAAAGGAGCUGAUUGCUUGUCAUACUGUAUGGAUUCUGUGUAGAGUAAUAUGUAUUGCAUCAGAAAGAUCGCAUGUAAGAAGUUACCAAGAGCUCAUGAUCUUUAAUUGCUAAUUAUCCAUGAGUUGUCCUUAGCAAGAACAAUGAUCUUUUCAUCACUGGUAUGAGGAUGCUACUCAAAACUAUGGCCUUCUUUUUUCUUAUAUAGCAUAUACAAUGUCACUUUCUGUUGAGAUGCUGUGAUAAUUCGAAAGUCUUUUCUGUCUCUCAUGGUUCUUCUUGCUCUGAUUGCUAUGUGCCAAAAGGACUCAGCAGUCCAAAUGGGGGAUGUUGGCUAAGCGACUUCACAUCUGCCUCAGAACCCAUUUAUGACACUGGUUUUUAUAUUUUCCCCUCUUUUUGUUUAUCUUGGGUUUCUGUCAUGAAGAGGGCUUAAAUUUUUCUCUUCUAUUCUGUUUAAUUUAUGCUGUUACAGUCUAUUUUAGUGGGCCUCCAUAUACUCUUUUUAUUUACCCAAUGUGAACAUUGCUAUGUUUUUUUUCCCCAUAACACUGUCACAUUUUGUUCUGUGAGUCGUGGUAACUGACUGAAUUCAUACCAUUAUAUAUCAAUAAAAUGCUUUGGUGUUUUCAUGCA